AUGAGUCUCCUUAAUUCUUCCAUUCCAGUUACAUUCAACCAGCUAUACCUAAAUGGAGGCUAUAGUGCCCCUCAUUCAUCCGAGUCUUUUUCCGUUCUGAACCCAAAGAACAACACACUUGUCGCAGAUCGAAUUCCUGUUGCAGAUGAUACCGAUGUCGACAACGCUGUGAAAUUCGCUGAAGCAGCCUUUGCCGGUCCAUGGUCCAAGUUUAGCGCCACAGAGCGCGCGGCUUGCUUCCACCGACUGGUCGAUCUACUGGAAGAAAGGUUACCUCAUAUUCUGCGCCUUGACUCGUUGACAACGGGGAAUCCAGUCUCACUCAUUCCAACACGAGAGAGGAAUUACAUUAGAAAUUGCCUUCUAUACUACGCGGGCUGGACGGACAAGCAACGUGGGGAUUACUUCCCUGACGAUGACGGGUUCAUAAAGCUUGUCAGACACGAACCCAUCGGUGUCUGCGUUGCCAUCAACCCGUACAACUCGCCCGUAGCAUCUUUUUUCAUCAAAGCCGCACCGUGUCUCGCGACCGGAAAUGUACUCAUUGUGAAGCCAUCGGAGAAGAGUCCGCUGGGGUCCUUGGCAGUUGCAGCGCUAUUUGAAGAAGCGGGAUUUCCACGUGGUGUUGUCCAGGUCUUGACAGGCGAUGGCAGCACAGGCGCACGACUUGCCAGCCAUAUGAGAAUCAGUUUUACUGGAAGCGUUGCUACGGGAAAGAAAAUUCAAGUUGCUGCAGCUCAAAGCAACCUGAAGAGAGUCACAUUGGAACUUGGUGGCAAGAGCCCAGCAGUGAUCUUUGAGGAUGCGGACCUAGAGAACGCAGUUACAUGGACUGUAAACGGCAUUUUGGCACGGACGGGACAAGUUUGUGUCGCGGCAUCUCGGGUCUACGUGCACCGCUCAAUUGCCCCUAAAUUCAUCGAACUUUACUGUACGCGGAUGAAGGAUGCGGUAAAUGAUAUCGGUGAUCCUCAAGAGCUUGAGACCAAGUUUGGACCACUUGCAGAUACUGCAGCCUUUGAAAAUGUCCAGUCAAUGAUUACACGUGCUAAGAAGGAAAGCGAGCAGGUCAUAGGGGGAGAUCGCAUUGGUGAGGAGGGUUGUUUCCUCGAGCCAGCAGUGGUCCUGAACCCUAAUCCCGACGCUGAGAUUUACAAAAAUGAGGUCUUUGGACCGGUCUCAGUUGUAAAGACGUUUGAUACAGAAGAUGAAGUUAUUGCAUUGGCCAAUGAUACCGAGUACGGACUGAUGGCAGGAGUGUUCACGCGGGACAUCAAUCGUGCCAUGAGAGUCUCCGCAAAGAUCGAUUCCGGCGUUGUAGGUGUCAACUGUGUCAGUCUGAUGAACAUCCAAGCACCUUUCGGUGGUAAAAAGGCCUCUGGAAUUGGGAGAGAAUUUGGUGAAUAUGCUUUGCGGGCGUUUACCGAACCAAAGACAAUUUUGAUAAAGUAA